UCCGGGCUGCAGCGUCGGACGUCAAGGGGGACGGUUUCUUCUUAAAGGAGAAACAGCAGCGGCGCGCGCGCGGUGGGCCCCGGUCUUCUCGCGGCUCUCGGAGGGAGCACGCGGGACCGGGAGGCGCACGCGCAGUCUAGGCGAAGGCGGGUUGGGGUGCGCAGGCCCGGGCGCGCAUGGCCUCUCCGGUGGCAGAUGCAUCCCGUCGGCGGCGGGAGAAGCGUAGGCAGCUGGACGCGCGCCGCAGCAAGUGCCGCAUCCGCCUGGGCGGCCACAUGGAGCAGUGGUGCCUCCUCAAGGAGCGGCUGGGCUUCUCCCUGCAUUCACAGCUCGCCAAGUUCCUGUUGGACCGGUAUACUUCUUCAGGAUGUGUCCUCUGUGCAGGUCCAGAGCCUCUGCCCCCAAAGGGUCUGCAGUACCUGGUGCUCCUGUCUCACAGGCACAGCCGGGAGUGCAGCCUCGUGCCUGGGCUUCGGGGGCCAGGAGGUGGAGACGGGGAGCUUGUGUGGGAGUGCUCAGCGGGCCACACAUUCUCCUGGGAACCUUCUUUGAUUCCUACACCUUCAGAGGUGCCUAAGCAGCACCCCCUCUCACACACUACUGAGAGAACCUGGUGCUCAGAGGCCAGGAGGAAGCAGGAGCCUGAAGGUUUGGAAUGUGAGCAGCAUGAAAGAACUCAAGAAACCAGGCUGUCCAGGGGAGUAGAAUCCCCAUUGGAGAGCUUCCCACCCCCAGGAGAGGAACAGGAUGUGGAAGAGGAUGAGGAUGAGGAUGAAGAGCUGCUCAGUGAUGCCAGCCCAUGGACCUACAGCUCCUCCCCAGAUGAGCCAUGAACCGGAUGUCCUAAGCCGCCUCCAUCCCCUGUCACUCACACCCCUAAGGAGGGAGAGGUCCCGCCAGCACCUGCGACUUUCUCCACCCCUUGUGCUGUUCUUGCCUCUCUGGGUUCCACAGCUGCACUGACAGCAGAUGCCGAGGUGCAGCUGGAACUCAGCAGGACCCCCCAGACCUCUGCAGAGCUGCAAAUGACCGAGUCUCUGGACAGUUCUGGGAGUCAGGCCCAGUCUGCUCCAAACCCGACCUGGGAUGAGGACACUGCCCAGAUUGGGCUCAGGAGAAUUAGGAAAGCUGCCAAAAGAGAGCUGAUGCCCUGUGACUUCCCUGGCUGUGGAAGGAUCUUCUCCAACCGGCAGUAUCUGAAUCACCACAAGAAGUACCAGCACAUCCACCAGAAGUCAUUCUGCUGCCCCGAGCCAGCUUGUGGGAAGUCCUUCAACUUUAAGAAGCAUCUGAAGGAGCACGUGAAGCUGCACAGUGACACCCGGGACUACAUCUGUGAAUUCUGCGCUCGCUCUUUCCGCACUAGCAGCAACCUUGUCAUCCACAGACGAAUCCACACAGGAGAGAAGCCCCUGCAGUGUGAGAUAUGUGGGUUCACUUGCCGUCAGAAGGCCUCUCUAAACUGGCACCGACGCAAGCAUGCAGAGACGGCAGCUGCCCUGCGCUUUCCCUGUGAAUUUUGUGGCAAACGCUUUGAGAAGCCAGACAGUGUGGCAGCUCACUGCAGCAAAAGCCACCCAACUCUGCUCCCUGCACUCGAGUCACCUGGCUCUUUGGAGUCUAGUCCCAGCGUCUCUGCCACUGAACCCCUGCAAUCUCCUCAGGGGGUUGGCCUCUUUUCCUCUUCUGACUCUAAUCUUGCCCCCUCAACAGCCAGCUCUUCACAACCUGGUGAGCUAGACCCUAGGGAUGCAGAGAGAACCAUGGUGGUCCCCAGGAACUAGGCAUUAGGAGUGAAGUUAAGGGUAUGGCACAACUGGGCUCCAGAUACCUUGUUUUAGCCUUCAAGGAAACAAUAAAUGGUAUUUUAUACAA